UCCAUCACACAACACACACACACACAAAGAAAGAUAGAAAUGGCAUGUAAAAUAAUACACAGAAAAAUUGCAUUGCGCAGAAAGCUUCAAAUUUUGAGAACCCUUACCAAAUCCAAAUCAGAGAAAAGGAGCUCCACUAUCAAAGACACUUCUCUCUACAUCCAUAAAUUGAAGCUACAAGUUGAAGCAAUCAAGAAAGAGUGCCAACAACUUAUUAAUCAAAUACAUGAGGUGAAAGUGGAGAAUGUUGGGAGAGGAUUUCUAGCAGUGAGGGUGAGAUGCAAGAAGGGAGAGCAAAUCAUGGGGUCGAUUCUUGAAAUGUUUGAAGAAUUGAAUUUGAAUGUUGUGCAAGCGAGCAUCACCUGCAAGAACUUCUUUGGAAUGGAAGCUGAUGGGGUGCGUACUAAACAAGCCCAACAGCAAUGACGGCCCAUCAGCCCAAAGCCCAAGGAAGAGUAUGAGUUCGGCAUUACCAAAGAGUUCGGCCUCAGCCUACAGCUCGG